AUGCGGCUCCUCGACAAGCUCAAGAAGAGGGAUCAGCCCGACGGCAAUGCGGACUCGGCAAGCAAGGAUGGCGGACGGGGAUCAAACGUCGCCGACUUCUUGUUUAUUCGCACAGAUACCGCCGGCCAGGAGGUCAUUCAGCCCCCGAAUGACGGCCGGGAGCAGAGGCAUUUGCUCUCGCCCAAGACGUCGGUGCGGUCGUCGCCCCGCCGCAGCCUCGACGUCUUUCGACCGAGCCGAUCACGCAGCGAGUCCGUCUCCUCGCAGGCCAGUCACUCGUCUAGAAGGCGUCUUGCGGACCGACUACACCUUGGCAAGACGGCCGAGUCCUCCGAGAAUGUCCCCGACAACUUGCCCGCCAUCACGGGGGCCGACGCGGCCGAUCAGUCGCAGUGGGAGCAGCGGGCGACGAUGCUGGCGGGACAGAACGAACUCGCCCGCACCAGGCCCGACUCUCCCACCCCUUCGGAAGGCACGUCUCAGAUGAGCCUGGGGCCCGGUGGUAUGGCGAGGAAGAGGAGCGCCAGCACGUCAAAGGCUAUAGACGACGACAUCCAGGACGCCAUCCGGCUGCAUGAGGAGGGCAAGUACGGACAGUCGACCCAGAUAUUCAGGCGACUGGCCGAUCCGGAGGGUGCGAACAACCCCCUGAGCCAGGUUCUGUAUGGGCUUGCGUUGCGCCACGGAUGGGGCUGUGAUGCUGAUCCCGCCUCGGCCGUCAAGUAUCUCACCGCCGCGGCGUCCAACUCGGCCAACGUCGAGAAGCUCGCCCUUGAAGCGGGCAUGAAGAAGGGCGGCGCGAACAAGGGCGAGUUGGUCCUGGCCAUAUUCGAACUCGGAAACUGCUUCCGCUACGGAUGGGGCAUCGAGAAGGACCCCGUUGCCGCGAGGCAGUACUACGAAACGGCAGCAAACCUUGGAGACAGCGACGCCAUGAACGAAGCUGCCUUGUGCUACCUCGAAGGGAUUGGCGGUAAGAAGGACAAGGUAAGCCACGCACCCAUGACGCCGGACUUGCACGCCCAUACUGCGACACGGCAGCACAUACUCCGUACCAAAGACAAGAAUGCACAAGCCUCAACCUACACAUUCUGA